AUCAAGCGAGGAAUAUGCUGAGCUUAUCAUUGAGUAAUCAUGUUCCUCCAUUAACGCUCUUGAGCCAUGAACGAAGAAUCCUCAAGCUCCAAAGUCGAUCGUCUAUUCUCUUUCACCAACUCUUCCACACUAAGUUCCUUCUCCUGUCGAAUUCUUCCUCUUUGUCUUCUUCACAUGGAGUUGUUGCUAUUUCGGCAUCUCCGUCUUCAGUCGCAGUUCCGGAAUUAGAAGACGAGGACCACUUCGAUGACGAAUUACGUCGUCUAUUGGCGCUCGUACCGGAGGAGAUACGCCAGACACUGAAGGAGCACCCUGAAAUUAGUGAACUCAUAGAGAUAGUGUUGGAUUUAGGUCGUAAACCUCUGGCGCGAUUCCCUUCAGGUGACUUUGUUAUCUCCGACGAUGCUGUUAGAGUUAAAGAUCUGGAAUUCGCUGUUUCUCAGGUUGGUGAGUUUACUAAUGAUAAUCGAGCUGGAAUCAGCCGGACGUUGCAUCGGAUUAGUGCGAUAAGGAAUCGGAAAGGAGAAAUUAUUGGAUUAACUUGCCGUGUUGGUCGAUCUGUUAGAGGAAGCGCUAAUUUGCUGCGUGAUCUUGUUCAAGAUGGGAACUCAUUGUUGCUUAUUGGUCCUCCAGGUGUGGGGAAAACUACAAUGAUUAGGGAGGUAGCACGAAUGCUAGGAAAUGACUAUGAGAAGAGAGUAAUGAUUGUUGAUACUUCCAAUGAGAUUGGUGGUGAUGGUGAUAUACCUCAUCCAGGGAUCGGUAAUGCUAGGCGGAUGCAAGUCCCUAACUCUGACAUACAACACAAGGUUGGUUAGUAGUUUAGAUUGAGCUUUGUGUAUUUAAGUGUGGUUGGAGAUGGUUUAUAUGUGUUUCACUUUACUUACCUUCAGGUGCUGAUUGAGGCAGUAGAAAACCAUAUGCCCCAAGUAAUUGUGAUUGAUGAGAUUGGAACUAAACUUGAAGCGAUAGCUGCAAGUACUAUAGCAGAACGUGGAAUCCAGUUAGUCGCCACUGCUCAUGGAGCCACUAUCGAGAAUUUGAUUAAGAAUCCUUCAUUAGACCUUCUGGUUGGAGGUGUACAGAGUGUAACUCUUGGAGAUGAGGAAGCGACCAGAAGAGGUGGCCAGAAGACUGUCCUUGAAAGAAAAGGUCCUUCAACAUUUAACUGUGGUGCAGAAAUAGUUUCAAAGACUGAAGUUCGAGUUCAUCGUAGUCUUGAAGCAACUGUUGAUGCUAUCCUCGCAGGUCGCUUACCAAACGUUGAAAUCCGCAAAAUAAAGUCUCAUGGAGUGGAAGUGAUUAUGGAGAAGGAACCUUUCAUCGACGAGAAGACUGUGGAUAAGAAACAUGAAGAGGAAACAUUAGAUGUUUCGAAGCUCACCAAGGAGGAAACUGUCUCUGAAGUCCUUCAAACUAAGGAGAUAACUGAAGCAGAAUCUUCAGAGAAAGAUACAUUGAUGUAUCUAUAUGUCUAUGGGAUUGCAGAAUCAACUGUUCUUCAGGCAAUCAAACAACUAGAGAUGGAAACUGCGGUAGAGUUAACUGACGACAUUAGUGAAGCAGAAGCCUUACUCGCGUUGCAAGCAAAGAUCAGGAAGAAUCCCCGGAUUAAAUCAUUUGCUACAUCUCACGGUAUACCUGUUUAUGUAACAAAGACUAACUCAGGUAUCCAAGUGGCCAAGGCGAUACGGGCAUUACUAACAGAUUACGAAGACGGACUCGGAGAGUUUGGAUCAGAAGAUCGUCUAAAACUAUCUGAAAAAAUGGACGCCUUAGAAGAAGCGAGAUUAGCGAUAGAGCGGAUAGUGAUACCGAAAAAGGAAACAACCGAUUUACUCCCGAGGCCACCUAGGAUUGUGUCUCUUCAAGGAAAGCUAGUCAGGAAGUAUAAUUUACGAUCAGAAAGAAAAUGGAGAGGGGAUGAGAUGUAUCUACGGAUUCUCCCUUAUAGCACGGAAGAAGAUAGAGACGACCGUGAAGAUGAAGGAGAGUUUGGAGAAGCGAACGGGGAAGAGCUUGACGAGUUAGGUUUCGCCACCGGCGAGUCUAAUGACUCACCCUCUGGCAUCGAUAGGUUACCUCUAUUGCCUGAUUAGUUUUAUUUGUUCAUACAUUGUUACAGAUACACUUUUGUGAAUGAGAAAAGUCAAAAAAAAGAAAAAAAUGUCAACUGAAAAAAAAAAUGAAUUGGGUAAUUUAUGAAUUGAAACUCAAACUAGUCUCGAAAUUUUGUAGAUGCCUAAUUUUCACUAAAAACGCUUAGCUCGUCGGAAUUUGACUUCCAACUAAUUUUGUUCUUAAAAGUUCUU